UUUAGUGCAGUAUACAUACCUUGACUAGUUCUCGAUUUGAACAAAACCGAAAACAGGACACAGUCAGCAAUCAUCGAACCGGUUCCUAGGAAAACGAAAAUAAACCAAACGGUUGGAUUUACUGCAUCAUUUUCAGAAUGCCAGGUUCUGACGCUUGGGGUAUCCCAGUGCUGGUUGGGACAGCUGUCGUGGCAACAACUGCUGUGCUGGCCAAGAUGUUCUUGUUUGGAGACAAGAAAAAGAAGAACCCAGUUACACUACAGGAUCCUACUAUCAAAUAUCCACUUAAACUUAUUGAUAGAGAGGAAGUAAGCCAUGACACAAGACGGUUCAGAUUUGCUCUUCCUUCUAUGGAACACAUUUUAGGUUUACCUGUAGGUCAGCACAUUUACCUGUCUGCACGUAUUGAUGGUCAGCUGGUCAUCCGUCCAUACACACCUGUAUCUAGUGAUGAUGAUAAGGGAUUUAUGGAUCUUGUAAUUAAGGUGUACUUUAAGAACGUGAACCCCAAGUUCCCAGAUGGAGGUAAAAUGUCCCAAUACCUGAACAACAUGGAAAUUGGAGAUUACAUUGACGUCCGAGGGCCAAGCGGACUACUUGUCUAUGAUGGAUGUGGUGAAUUCAAGAUCCGUCAGGAUAAGAAAUCUGAUCCAAAGUCUGUGACUGCCAAGAAGAUAGGUAUGAUUGCAGGAGGGACUGGCAUCACCCCAAUGCUACAGCUGAUCAGACAAAUCCUCAAGGACAAAAAAGAUAAAACUGAAAUGUGUUUGCUCUUUGCAAAUCAGACGGAGGAUGACAUUUUGUUAAGACCUGAGCUUGAGGAUUUACAGCAGACGUAUGGAGACAGAUUCAAACUUUGGUACACUUUAGAUAGACCUUCAGCAGAUGACUGGAAGUACAGUAAAGGGUUUAUCAGUGAUGUGAUGAUAAAGGAACACCUACCUCCAGCAGAGGAAGGAUCCAUUGUCCUCAUGUGUGGACCUCCUCCCAUGAUCAACUUUGCCUGUAUUCCUAACCUAGAAAAACUUGGAUACAAUUCGGACAUGAGAUUUGCUUUCUAGGCUCUCUUCACAGUCUGAAGCUUUGGUGCAUUUCUAGCUACAUGAAGACUUUCUCUUAAAUCAUGGAACAAAAAUAGAAAAUGAGAAUUUAUGAAGAUAAAACUACUUGUGAAGUCUUUUAUUUUUGUGGGGGUAAGAGGGACAUAUUUACAUUGAUUUUGGAGUUGCAUCGGUCUCUGAAAUCAAAAUCCAAGAAAGAAGUAAAAUGUACAAUUUGAGAUAUAGGCAAUUAAGUGCUUGCAAAAGGCUGUUUUUACCAAAACUGUGAAAUUUAUUGUGGAUAAAAUUGAAUGAUUUCAUGGUAUAUGAAUAUUCAAAUUUCGAACAGUUCAGUUCAGUUUUAGAUAAUGAAAAUUGUAAGAGUGCAAGAUGGGACCAUUAUUUCCUUAGUUGUUGAGGCAAGUUUAAGUAUAAUAUUGGUUGUGACAUAGUUAACGAUAUUUGAAAGUAUUGUAGGGUGUAUAUGAAGUCAGCAAUGUAUACUGGACAAUAUCACACAGAUAUAGAACUGUUAAUGUGAUUUAGUUGAGACAUAUUUCACUGUUCAGCAUAUAUUAUGUGAGGGGAUUAUUGUAGGAAAAAUUUCAAAAUGAUUAUUUUUACGUAUAAUUUCCACUCUUUUUUUUUUUUUUU